AUCCGCGGGGCCGCCAUCGUCACUCUUCUCUGCUUCUUCGAUUUCAUCCCCUCCACAACGAUGCUCUCUCGCUUCCUCUGCAGACCAUCUCACCUGAGAUUCAUCAUCUCCCGCAAUACCCAUUUCCUGAACCCCAAAAUCCCUUCUCCCCACGCUCCGAUUUCUUCUUCCGUACCCGUCUUCUUCCCCAAGAACCCCCAUUUCUUUUCUACAAGUAACAAUGGCGGAGGUUCUGAUUCAUGGAAUCUAUCUUCCUCCGAUACCCCAUCCAUGUUUCCGGAAGACAUCGAGAUAUCAGAAACAUUGCCCAGAGACGAGAGCCCCUUGUUCAGGGAUCUGGAGGAGCCGGAGAAGGGUACCGCGGUGGCCGGAGGUGGAUUUGUAAAGGGUUUCAGUCCAUGGACAACCGAGGAGGAUGAAGAUGCCAAGAAUGUGUUUGAAAUAUUGGAUGAAGAAGACGAAAAAGGAAAGUGGGAGGUGGGGAGCAAGGGCGGCAGGGGUGAGAAUGGCGAAUGGGAAACUGCGGCGGGUUACAAGCCCUGGAGCGCAUCUGUGGAGGAGGAUGGAGAAACCGUCUUUGAUGUAGUAGAAGAAGAAGAGAAGAUGGCGGGUCUUGAUUUCAGUGCCGAGGAGGAGAGGUUGCAGAAGGAGAAGCUCGAGGAAGAACAGAGACUUGAGCUGGAAGAGAAAGCUCUCACUGUUGUUCUCAAAGGUCCGAACCGUGCAUUUGGUGAUCUAAUUGCGGCUUCUGGAAUCACUGAAGAAAUGUUAGAUAGUCUUAUGACUUUGAAAGACCUUGGAGACAUCAAAGGAUUGCCGCCUCUACACGAAAUAGAAGACAUGCGUUAUGAGAGGAGCAUGAGCAGAUCCAGCAGAGCAGAAAUGGAGCGUCAGAAACAAGAGGAAGUUGCAAAGGCAAGAGUGAGACAAGUAGAUGAGAAGGGGAGGGCUUAUGGGACAGGAAAGAGAAAAUGCAGCAUUGCCCGUGUUUGGAUUGAACCCGGCAAUGGAAAAUUUAUUGUGAAUGAUAAAGAGUUUGAUGUGUACUUUCCAAUGCUUGAUCAUCGCGCCAACCUUCUCCGGCCUUUCUCUGAAACUACAACACUGGGUAUGUGGGAUGUCAGGUGUACUGUUAAAGGAGGUGGUGUAUCAGGUCAAGCUGGUGCAAUUCAGCUGGGCAUCAGUAGGGCCUUGCAAAACUGGGACCCAGAGUUGCGUCGCCCUCUCAGAGAAGCUGGUUUCUUGACAAGAGACUCGAGAGUGGUCGAAAGGAAAAAGCCUGGCAGAGCAAAAGCAAGAAAGAGCUUCCAAUGGGUCAAACGUUGAGCUAUUACAGAUUCUUGUCAAUGCAUUGAUCUCGGGAGGGCAUUUUUGGUAUUUUUACUGAUUUCUUAUAUGGAAGUAAUCACUUUGACUUGAGAAAAUUGACUGGUUUCAAUUCAAAGGAGAUGUUCAGGUGAAAGUUGGUAAUGUGAUUAGAUGAUUAGAUUAGACAUAUUGAUGGAACAGUUAUGUUUUUUUUGUUUUCAAAUAUGAAACAAAUAAGGCUUGCAAUUUUCUAAAUUAAGGUUUGUAUCUUGU